CGGACUCGGGGGUCCCCAGAAGUGAGGGCCACUCCUGAGGGGCCGCCGGCAGCUGAGGAGCCGCGGGCAGCGGAGGAUUCGGGCCGACACUGACAGAAGAGACCCCCGGAUGCGGGCUGACCCCAGGCAGCCCCCGCUCCCGGGCUGCCGGCUGAGCUGCCUGCUCCUCCUGAGAGUGCGCAUGCGUGGGGCUGACAGGUGUGCGGGCCUGGGAACGGAAGGGAGGACUUUUAUACUUUUGUAUCUUUGUAACCAGAGAGAUAUGCGGAUGUUAUUUUUUAGCUUUUCUGUUGCCUGGGGUUCUGAGGCGGGGCUGGGAGGGAGCGGGCCGAGGGGAGAGGUGCAGAGUUUGACUCCGUUGGGCUUCCCGGCACCAGAUGCUCUUUUCUCUCCUCUUAACUGGUCGGCUCCGCAGAUCCUCCCGUCCCCCCAGGGGGAUCUGAACAUCGCCAGGGCCCGGAGAACAGAACUGAUCUUUGCUUUUUCUUGGAUGCAAACUCCUGAGACUGGGGUGGGGCUUGGAAACAAGGGUCCCCUGGCCGCCUCACAGGGCCCACUCGUGCCGCCCCUCCCCGUGGGUUUGGGUGUUCACGGUCCGGAGCCCCUGCCGUUACUGCCUUAUGACCGAGGACUGCUGCUGGUGCCAGAGCCGGGUCCCUCCUCCCAGAGGGCUGCAGGCCUCGCGUCACCGCCCGCAGGGGGCGCCCGCCCUGCUGUGAGCAGAGCUGUCUGGUGCCCGCCAGGACUCAUGCCGAGGGCUGGGUGGGAGGGACAGCCAGGGAUCAGAACCAAGGGACUGACGAUGCCCAGUGUAGGUGCCACCCCCAUGUUUACAGGAGCGCCCGGCCCGCACCGGCUGAGCGAGCGGCUCCCUCCCGCGCCCACCCCCUUCCGCUGGGAGACAGGACUGUUAGGACCCUGUGCACAAAACUCCGUUUUAUUGCUUUGUCUGAUGCCCGGAACUGGGAACUUCUGCAUUUUGUUACUUUGUUUACAGGUCAGGAUUGAAAACAUUUUAAGCCUUUGUUUACAACUGGAACUUUUUACACUUUGUUUACAGUUUAGAAUGUUUCCACCCCCUUUGUUUACAAGUGGGAGGUAGCAAAAGUGGGAGAGGGGCUGGAGGAGCCCACCUGGCAGGGCCCUGGCCCUCUGCGGGGUGUAACCCCCGCUGUCCCACCAGAGGUCAGCCCUGAGUGCCUGCGGACAGCGGACAGCGGCCGGGAGGCCUCCUCUUACCACCGGGACAGGGUCUUGCAGGGGUGGGGGCGGGGCGGGCAGACAGCCCCUCCUCCACUGCCGCUCUUGGGAGCAGUUUCCCAGGAGACUGAACGCUCUGCUUGACUGACAGGUGCCAAAUCCCACCGGCCAGGACCCGCUCUCCUGACCAGAGGCGGGGUCCGCGGGCGGGGAGAGGGGCUGUCCUUGCUAUGUCCCAGGCUCUGUGGAUGCCCCUCUCUGGGGUCGCCCCCUUCAGCCCGUGGCCCCCCCUUCCUGUCUGUGUACAUGGUUCCGUGAAGCCGCGCUCUGUUUUGGGAAUAAACUUCUAUAGAAAAUGAUUA